AUGACAACACAAAAUCAGUCCCAGAAGAAGGUGAGGCAAUGUCAAUCCAAGCGUUGUGGUGUGUGGCUUUAGAAUAAGUUUAUUCUCGUCACUUGCUUAAACAGAUCAAAAUUUUACAACUUCUUCGCGCGAUUCAAGCCGAACAGCUUUCGAAAUUGCAGCAAAAGUAUCAACUGGAACAAGAUCUCCUUGAAGAUGUCAGGUGAGUCGAAUUCUUGGCCGCUUUUAUUUUCCUGUAAUUUUCCAGAACAACGUAUGUUAUUGCCUGUAAUAAAUUACUUUUGUUUUGGCUAGAACCUACACAAAGCAGAGGUCCAUGAUCGAGAGAGAUUAUGCACAGGUAAAAAAGUUAUUUGACAGUUCUUGUGUCUUCUUUUAGGAGAAAGAAAAAUUUCAACAGACCAGGCGUUUGUGAUUCUUGGGCUAAUUAUUAAAAAAAGUGCAACGAAUUAGAUAGCUUUAAUUAAGCUCAAGCGAGACAGUUGUGAUUAUGGUUUGAGGUCGGCGCGAAGCAACGUACUAUCUUUACACAGCCCUCUUCCUUAGCCUGUUUUCCUCGUCUUUCCGUGUCGUGUUUUUUUUUUUGCACAGAACAGUUCGCCAUUAUUCUGUUUGCAAAAAGAAAAGUUAUAAGAUAAAAAGUUAGAAUUUAAUUACGUAAAUUAUUUCUAUUUACACUAAAAAGCAUUUAUAAGCGUACGGCAUGCAUGUUAUUAAAUCCUUUGAAAAUCAAAAUGAAGGCUUUAGACUGAUUGCCUGAGAAUUUCGUUCAAGAAAUUUUUACUUGGAGACGUUCUUUUUUGCAAAUUUGCAUUGUAACCCUGGCUGCUUUAAUUUAUACCACUGGAUUCCAAGUGCAGCUUCUUGAUUCCCUGAAGUAAUUUGUAAAAUUUUGAGGCUAUUUGCUCAAAAUUAGUUUUUUUCUUGGCAUGCAUAUAAUGUUUGAUUUAGAAUUGUCUCCCACAUCACAAAUUUGUGAGUUCACGUGGUCAGAUUAGCUAUCUGCAGCAAAUAUGUAGUUGCUGUUCCUUCAUGGUUAUGUUUUGUGCAUUUUAGAAAUACUUGAUAUUGUUUGUUAAUCUCAGUGAAUCAUGAAACGAAAAUUGUACUAAUCAAAUUAAUUUUUAGCAUGUGAUCUGCCUUAUAUGAAAGGUGAAAAUGAAAACACAUGAUAGUGUGAGUGUUCAUUUUCAUUUGUUCAGGCAAAUUGUUUUGUUAGUUCUCUGAGUAGCUUUAUAAUUAACAUUUUUGAGUGUGAAAUAUUAUGAAAAGUACACAAUUCUUUUUAUAUGGUAUUAUAUUAUUGAUAGCUAAUUACCUUGGUAAUUACUUCACAUACUGCUCAAGUAUUACAAUAUGCUUGAUGUGGCAUUAAAUGGUAGAUAUUGCAAAAAUAUAUAUGGCAUUUCAUUUAUGUUUGAGAUAGGUAACAGUAAUCUAUGAUGGCAGCAGGAAUAGAGAAAUUUUAAACUGAGGGUAGAAAGUAAUCCACAGUUGCAUUGGUUUUGCUUAACUUCACUCUACAACUGGUUCAGAAAACUUGGACCACUCUCCCAACCAAUCAGAUGAAAAACUUAAACCAAUCAUAACUUGGUUACACACUUUCAGUUUUCCUUUCCUCAGAUUAGCUGUUUGGAUUACUUUGGUUUUACAACAAUUAAUCCAAAGUGCUCUUUGGGUGUUUUGAAUCUGGCUUCAUGAGGCAUCUAAAAGCAGUUCUGAUUCCCUAGAAUUUUUAAGAAAUUAAUUGAAAGGUGAUAUUUGCAAGAAAUGCACUUCGUGACAUAAAAGAAUGUGCAAUAGUUUACAGUGGUCAGGAUUUUUCACCAGGGAUCUGGUCAGAGUUUGAAAAUUAAAGACAUUCUCAUUUUUAUACAUUCAGCUUGAAACUUAUACACUUUUGAUUUGCUGAAAAUUUUAUUUUUGGAGUUUUUGGAGUCACCAACAGAUUACAAUUAUUCCAGGUCUCAGGUUUUCUGAGUGUUGAUGACUCUAACUUUACUAGAUCAUAAGCAUUGGAGUCAAAAGGGACAGUGGUCAAUAUUCUGUUAUCAAAUCAGUUGGAUUGAGUUUCAUGUAAUUGUUUGUUUUUGUACCUCUAAUUAUGACACUGACCCCUGUGUGAAUGGAAACUGCUUUUUUGGUCUGUUUCUCUCUCUGCGUUAACAGCCUUGGAGUUAUAAUGGAACCCUAGAAAUUUAAGUGUUAUAGGGGGUGGGGUUGGAGUGGAGCGGCAUAUCUGAGCCAUGCAACCAAAAUUCUGAUGUCAUUCUGGACUGAUCUAGCUUGCAGAGGGUAUCUGUUUCAACAUACUACUGGUUGUAUAAUGUCCAUUAGAGUAAACUAUUUAAGGGUACUUUUCAAAACUGUAUUAAAGUCUGUGCAAGUGAAACAGACAUAAAUGUAACCCAAGUAAGGUAAACCAAUUCUCAGAGAAACAGGAUUUUUUUGGGUAGAUGAAGGUUUGCCAUACUGUUAUUUUGAUUGCACUAUGUCACUACAAUAUGCAUUCAAAGAUUUUUGUUCUUCUUUAAGGAGUUUACAAAAUUUGCAUUCUUUUCUCUCUUACCAAUAGGCAUUACAAAAACUCAAUGCCCAAUUUCUUCAGAAGAAAGAGCUGACUGCAGAAGAUUUAACAGGAGAAAAUGGAAACAAGUAAGCAGCUUUAGGUCACUUCUCUAUACAUUAAAGGUCAGCAUUCAAGUCUUGGCCAGAGGCUGGGUAGCAUCUUAGCUAUGAAAUUAGGCCUGCCUCUCAGCAGCAAAUAUACCACUAUUUGGCUAUGAAUGGGCAAUUGUUAGUACUUCUGGAUAGUGUUAUAGAAUUUUACAUUGAUGGAAAAUAACUAUUAAGAAUAUGAAAUCCUAAAGAGAGGGAUUGUCAACUCAAUAAUUUUUUGCUUUUCUUUAAUCAGACUUUCAAAUAAGUUAAGAGUUAUGCUAGAAUUAUUAAGAACAGACUAUUAUCAAUGUUAUGCAGUAAGUGAUAUAAACAAUAAGACUUUAAAGUUGGUAAUGUGGUCAUAAUUGUAGAACCCCCCAUGGAGUCUGGAAAUGUUUGCUUGAUGAAUCAGAGAAAAAGGCCAAACAACGGCUGGCCAUGUCAGAAGAACUUCAGGGGCAGAUGGGUGAAAGUAUGAAGACUCUUAAGUCAAACAAAGUGCAAGUUUUUAAGAAGGUAUUGAUAUUUCAAUCUACACACAUAUUAGCAGAAGCAAUUUCUUAAACUUAAGAAACAGGACUGGUAUAGUUGACAAAUUGAAAAAGAUGUGCUUUUAGGCGCAAUGAGGACAGCAUGUUUCAACCUUAUCUGUUCGAAACAUUAAGCGGUGCACUUAAGCUUUGUGUGAUGUUGAAACUAAAUACAUACUGGUUUGUUUGAGUACUGGUGGGAAUUCUUUAUACUGGAAGAAUUCAGUUGGAAGAAUAACAUUGCAUUUAUUUAACCUUGGUCAUUGGUAGAUUUUAUAGAAGAAUAAGGCUGUUAGAACAAAGCUCAUCAAUGAUUUAGGAACAGAUACUGAUUGUCGGUCACUUGCACUCUACCUUCUAAUAAUAGCAAUACUCCAACAAAAACAGGCAAGGUUUAAAUCUCUUUGUGGAAGUGAUUUUCUGUAGUUGACUAAUUGGGACUCUAGCUUACUUGACUCAACCUCUAAUUGGGGCUUCUUGGCCACUUUUUUUUCAUUGUUAAAUGAAAUGGCUUAAGUUACUAGAAUAGAUCUGCACUGAAAAGAGUUAAGAGCAAGGCAAAUAAGAAAAUUUAUAUUGAAGAAAUGUAAAAUGGUUUCCAUGUUUACAUAGCCUGAUGUAAACACGUGGGAGGUUGGGAGAACACGAGAUAAGCGUAGGAAACCACGACGCAAAGCAGAGGAAACCAUGACGCAAAGCGGGGGAAACCAUGAUGCAAAGCGGAGUGGUUUCCAGCUUAUCGAGUGUUCUCCCAACCUCCCAAGUGUUUACAUCAGGCUAUGUAAACAUGGAAACUAUUGUACAUUUUUUUUUUUAAAUAACUAAUGAAAGAGAAACGAAAACCGUGUUUACAUACGCUCAUGUAAAAUGGUUUUAUGGCCAAUCAGAGUAUGCUUACUAUUUGAAUUAUUUUAUAACAUCUAUUAAAACAAUACUGUAUAAUAGUAAAAUGUAAGAAAAUUUAUUUGAAUUCAUUUUCUUUAGUGUCAAGAACUUACUCAAAAAAUUCAUGAGGAGCUUUUUGAGACUGUGCGUGAAUUAUCCAAAGUAUGUAUUACAAAAUGAUUAUAAUCAUUGUAAAUGAUGAUGUGAUAAUUUUUUUUUGAUUUUUGAUUUUCAAGGAGUAUUUGAAUUAUGUUCAACAGAAUAGUAUAACCAUUGAUUCAUCUUAGGCUAAAAAGGGUUAUGAGGAAAUGGAAAAGUUGGCCCAGGUAGCACGGGAACAAGCAGCAGAUGCGGAAGACAAGUAAGUCAUUUAAGUCCUCAGUGCCUGGAGAUACUUUAGAGAAAUGAAUUAGCACUAACUUGUUGGAAGUAGGACCAAGCAGAAUCCACCUCGGUCUGUAAUCAUACAAGUGUUUAAAAAAUUGGAUGACUGUGAAGUGGGAGUGCAGUCUCUCAAUAGUGAAUAGGAUUACAAACUGAAAUGGAUGACACUCAAUCCUGUUACCAAUUGCCUGUAAAACUUAAAAUACAAAAUUAAAUGUAGUUGUUGAAAGAAUAGCUUGUAAUUACAAUUGUUUAACCCUUAACCUCAAUAAUCUUUGAAAAAAUCACAGUGAAAAGCAGUGAAAUGUUUGAACACUCUGAGUUAUUGCUAUGGUUACUGUCAGUCAUAAACUCCGUGUUUGGUGGAUUUAUUUGAAUAAACUCAAUGUGAUCAGCAGAUGUAACGGUUGGAUUAUAAGUGCCCGAUUACAACUCUACAGAAUACUUUGUGAAAAAAGAAGCUCACUAAAUUAUAUUUGAGGGAAUUGUAACACUGUAACUGUAAUAGUCCACUGAGAUAGUUAAAAAUAAUAUUACAAGUUGUGAAAUACUGCUUGUCAAAUGAGAAUGAUAAAUUCAGAAUGAAGUCAAUUUCUUUGCUUAGUUCAAGGAAAAUGUUUAAUUAAUGUUCAUAACUGCAAAUUACACUACUAUAUUUUCCUUUUUGUUAAUAUAUAUUGUGUUGUUGACAAAUUGAUUUGUUACUGUUGACAGGCUUAAAAAGAAAAAUGUGAAGUUUUUUCAGUCCAAGCAAUCAUUGGAGAAAAAUUUAAGCAAGGUAUAGUGAAAAGAAGAUAAUUUCAUCUUAUCACACUUAAAAUUUUUUUUUGUAACUUGUGUUACUGACAAUUGCUAUCAAUAAUGAACACUUAUCUAAAAUUAGAAAUUCAGAAACUUAAUAUCAAUUAAUGGACAAUGUUUUACAUCAUUCUGUGCAACAAACAUGACUCUCACUCUUGUUUCACAGAGCUCCAGUCGACGUGAGAUAUGCGAAAGAAGGACAGCAAUGGCUAGAAACGACUACAUCCUAUCACUUGCUACAGCUAAUGCACACAUGACAAGAUACUUCUGCAAGGAUUUACAAGAAAUAAUGUCUGUAAGUUGAUUUCUGUGCUAUAGCAUCACAGAUAAUUGCAUGCAUAUUUUGAUAUUACAAAAGGAAUGACCCAAAGAUUCAGGGUUAUGUUUAGAGGUUCUCAAUAAUAGAGACUUACCAAACUAUUUUUUUUUUGACCCUGACAUUUCUUCAAGGAGUAGCAUGUUCCAUUACAUCAUUUCAUUGAUUUUGCAACUGUUUUUAUACAGACUCUAGAAGGGGAUUUGUUUGACCAAAUGAGGGGAUUCCUCACUACUCUUGGCCAAGUUGAAGUAGAUGCAAGUAGGGCUGCAAUAACAGGUUUUGAAACUGUGGUCUCUAAUGCCAAAACAGUAAGUGGUAUAGGUUUUAUAUGAUACAUUACAUUGCAUACUCUUAGGCACCAAUAAACCACUUUGAUGGUUUUUUCUAACCUGUAUCAUGUACAUCAUCAUGCAUUAAAAUACUAGGAAAUUGUUUCAUCAGUGUGAAUAUGGUAGUUGGGUAUCACUUGGUAUGUGAUUGUUGCUUUUAUCACCCUUGAGCUUGCUAUGUAGUUCUGUUACAUCAAAUUUCUCAGUAAGACUAAACAGUGUUGCAACAUUCUCUAAAUAACCGUCAUGCUGCAAUAGAUAUAACCACAGUUGAUGUAUUUAUUUAGUUGGUGGUAUGUUUUUGAUUAAAAUUUUUCAUGCAGCAUUUUAUUAAUUUUUUCUGCUAGGUUGUAAUUUGGCCAUAUAGUACCAUUAGUUGAAUAGAAAAGUUUCUCCAUAAUGUGUUUAGUUAUCAGAGUGAUAACUGUGUUCUCUGAGUUCAUUCUUUUCAUUUCUCAUUUCAAAAGCAUAAAUAAAUAACCACUUUGAAAGUUAGUGCUUUUCAUUCAGUGUGUGACUGUAUCACUGAAAAAGAAAAAAAUGAAAGUUUCAUAUUCAGUGGCUUUGAUAAUGGCAUUUCUCCCGGCUGAGAACAAAACUUGACAACUGGAAGAAAUGCCAUAGGCCAAUUUUAGGCAUGUACGUGAGAGAUUUCUUCUGUUGGUAAGGACCAAUUCAAUAACUGAGAAUUUUGUGUAUUGAAAACUAUGCCCACUGUUUGUUUUUGUAGUGUUCGAAUGCAUGUUUUCAUCUUGAGCCUUAACGCCAACACACUUUGCUAUUCUUAUUCAGGGAUUGUCAAUCCUUUUAUUUUCAUUCGUUAAUAAAGUUGACUUUUCUUGUCAGUAAAGGGCUAUUGUGGUUAUAUGAUAAACAAAAUAAUACAUGUUUGCUUGUAGAUAUGAAAUUUCUCUUUUCAUGUUCAACUCAAUAUCUUACUCGUUCACUGUGCUCACUCUUGAGCUAUUGAGUUAAACACUUGAAGAGAAAUUCCAUAUCCACAUAUGCUCAUGUACUAUUCUCUAGGUAUUAUACUUUCUUGAUACCAUAAGCUAAUGGACUGGUAUUUUAUAAUUUUUUUUAUACCUAUUUUUUCUAAACAAUAAUUUAAUGUCUAUUUUGUGUUUAAUUUUCAGAUAAACAGAGAUAUAUCUCUUCAAUCAUUUUUAACAAAAAAUAAAGUAUUUUCAGAAGUUGUUCAAUAUGAAUUUGAAUCCUGCAAAAAUGAUAAGGUAACUUUUUGUUUAGUCAAAUGAACAGUCUUUUUUUGUUAGGAAUUGAGGAUGGCAUUGACAUAAUUAAUAUAAUUGUGAUUGACACAAACAGUUCAAAAAUAGAAAACUGCUUUACCAUCUGGCUUAAUUACUUGUCUCAAAAAUGUUUGAGCUCCUUAGCCUCAAAUGUAUUUUAAGAUGCAUUCAACAUCCCACCAUCUGAUCAUUUUCCAACUAGAGUAAUGAGUUAACCCUUUCACUCCUAAGAUCUCACUAGUAAUUCUCUCUACUGUCUCCCAUAUGAUUCUUAUUAAGUCAGUUUGAAGAAUUUUGUAUUGGAUUGACCAAUAAUUCCCUGAUUGAUAUUUUGCUUUAUUUUUUUCACUUUUAAUUACUGCUUGGUAUUGUAUGAUAGGGUAUUUUAAGGAGAAAUUGUGUCUUGGUCUCUUACGGUAGUUAAAAGUCUAGAAGAAAUUUGAAUUUUACAAGAUUUUAGGCUUUCUUCUCCUUUGUAACUAGAAAAUAAUAAUUUUGCUGGCUAGUCCCCUUACUUCUUUUAUUUCCUGCACUGUGCUAUAGUCUUUGUUACUUCCUUGCUCAAAACAUAUGUCUUGGGUUUUAUAUGACCUGGAUAAUUCUUUUUUUACCUCUUUUCAGGUAAGACAGCUAACACUUGAAAAAAAUGCUGGCCUUGCACUCAACAAAGAAGCAAGAAAGUUGGCUAUGAGACUAGCGAAGGAUCAGAUGGCCUUGAAGACAAAGGUCAAGCAACUCCAAGCUGUUAAAAAUGUAAGCAUGUGAUAACCUGACUGGGUAUUUAAUGCAGUUCUUUCAAACAGUUAAACAGUUAAAAAUGCAUUUUCCUUCUGUUACUGAUUGAUUAAGAUAACUGGUUCAAAACAAUGAAAAGUAGAAAAAAAACUGGAAAGAAUCACAACAUAAAAAAUUAUCUGUUUCCCAACAUAUUUUAUGAAAAAAUAAUUAUUAAAAAUUGCACGAGAAAGGUUAAAUACCAUCAGAUACUUUAUGAACUAGUUGGCAAUGAUAUAUGGUUUGGAUGUAGUCGAUUGAAAAAUGAACAGAUUGCAUUUGGUAGGUAAUGCUUAUACCAUAUAUUAAUAUCACUGAAAACCAUUGAAUAACUUCAGUCAUUUUAUUAUAUAUGUCUUGAGAAAAAGCUUUGUUUCUUACUCCAUUUAAUGACCCCAUGGAGAAAUUAAGGAAAGAAGUUACAAAAAUGAUGGUUGUGAUACCUGAUUUAUUAAACAGGCUGGCUGUCAUUUUAAUUCAUUUUGAAAUAGGGUGAAGAUGCAACCUUGCCAUCUGUGGGAGAAGGAAAUCAAGAGGUUGAACAGAGUCCAGAGAUGCUGAAGGAGAGUAUUAGACUAAUUGAGGUGGGUCUUAUACUCUCACUAUACCUGUAGUAAUAAUACAUACUUCUUACUAACUGAGUUUGAGAUCCACACUGUAAGUUAUUAAGUACCAAGCUUUUUUCUGCUUGGAUUUGUGGUCCAAGAAUGAGGUGUGCAGGCCAUAGAUCUGGGUGGAAAAAUGAGGUUCCAUAACUUGCAGUAAGGACCAGGGUUAUGUGGGUAAUAUUUUUUGGGUUUCAAAGGGGGAAGUUUCAAUUGAAACAAACUUUUGUAUUUAACUGGGGGUACAGUGGAACACAGUUAUUGUUCUGCUAGAUUUACCUUGGGCAUGGGGCAACUCAUGCAUGAGGGAGACAUUGAGAAUUGUUUUGUGAAUUGUUACUUUCAAAGUUGAACUGAUAACAGUUGAAAUGAUCUAUGAAACAGAGACAACAUAUGUGGAAAGUGUGUAGCAUCAGUGACAUCUUGUUUUACAUCAACUAAGGAAGCAGUUUCUAUUUACUUUUACUUCUUUUUAGACAAGCAAGUUAAAAACAGAGGCAUGUUUGGAAGUCUUGCGGGAGGCUGGAGGUACUAUUUUUAACAAAUUGAAUUGAUUUCAACAAGAUAGUGACUGCCAUUAAAAAUAGUUAGUUGUUACUACCCAUUUUGUAAGCAAUCAGUUCAGCAUACUUCACAAAAUACUAUGUAGGCAAUGCCUUGUGAUAUUUAGUCAAGACAGCCUAGAAGAACUUUGGUUUUGGUGGAUGAAUUUUUUUCAAAUGAGCUGAGUAGCAAUUGAAGUACUGUUCAAUAUACGGGCAUUGAUAAAUUUACUGAUCUUUUUUUUUUCUGUCAACAGUUAAUGUGGAUGAGUGGAUGAAGAGUGCUAAUUCAUUGUCUCCAAAUGACAUGGAUACUGGUGAGUUUGUCUUCAAUUAGUUCUUUGAAAUUAUUUAAGGCAUGCCAUCUGCAAGUUUUUCUUAAAUCACAGAUCAAUUUCAAGUUUUCUUUCAUUUCAAACUUGACAAUAUCUGAAGUAAUGAAGGAUCUAGAAGUAAUUUUCUUGCUCUUGUUUUUGGUUCGAUGUACUUAAUGUAUGUGAAAAAUCUUCCAUAGUAACUGAGGGAGUGUUAACAGCCAUUGUUCUUUAACUUUUUGUUCCUUUAGAAUAUGAUGAUGAUUUGGUUUUUCAUGUUUAUGUCCUUUAUUUCAGAUUUUCUUGGAAGUGACAACUCUUUGAACUCAUUCAAUGAUGAUUUUGGUGACACAUUUGAUGAUGAAUGGGAAGAUCUUGACGACAAUUUCACAGCAGAUGACUCAUCAGAUGAAGAUGCACAAAGUGUCUCAUCCAACUGCUCUAUCCCACUUUCUUGCAUUGCCUUGUACAACUAUGAGGUAUGCAACUCACACUUUUCUUUACUUUUUUACGUAACACCCUUUUUCUUGCAGGAUUCACAAACUAAUCCUCUUGAUUGAUGAUCAUGUAUUUCUCUGUAGGGUUUUUUUUGUUAAUUUUAAUGUUUUUGUCAUAUCCCUUAAUGUAAAAUUACAAUUACUCAGGAUACUGUUUGAAAAUAUUUAUAAAAUAACUGAGAUGUUAUGUUUGCAUUGAUUGGUGAAAACCCACAGUUGUUUACAAAAUUUCUCUACAUCACUCACUUGCCUCUUGCUUCUAACCAUGACAUCAGAACUGGCUGAGAUGUUAGCUCACACUGGGACUCACAUUUUCCUUUUUCACAUUUCCCCCGACAAGUGUUCAAAUUCCUUUUUCUUUCCUGUCAAGUUAUCAAUAAAGAUUUGACUUUAUGAAGGGUGUAUUUAUUGAUCUUUUGUUAAUGUUGUUGUAGGCAACAGAUUCUGAUGAACUGUCCAUUACAGAGGGAGAGGAACUAGAAAUCUUAGAAAAAGAUGGUGAUGGGUGGUGCAAGGUGACAAAUUACUGUUAAGUCAAUAACAUGGCAUCUGACAAUGAUCAGGAAGCACACUGGCUUAACAGUUAUGCAGAGUUGAGAGGUUUAGGUUGAAGACCUGGCCAGGGUUUUGUGCUGUGUUCAUAAGCAAGAAACUUCAUUCUUGUAUUGCCUUUCUCUGCCCAGAGAUAUAUAUCUGUCCAUGCAAACUGUCAUUAUAUUUUGAAAGGGUGGGUGGGGGGAAGGGUUAACCUUCAAUGGACAAGCAUCUCAUUUAGGGAGGGUACCUAUACUCUCAGUCACUUCUUGCCAUGGAGAGCAAGAUCACCUCUGGUUCUUCAUUGGCCACUUGGCUCCACUGUACACUACUUGUUGAUUGGAUGUUAAUCAAACUGAGGAAAACAUUUUAAUUUCUCUUUAUGAAAUUCUCAUGACAGGGUAGAAACAAAACAGGCAAAGUAGGAUAUUUCCCUGAGUCAUAUGUUGAAGUUGGAUCAACAGCCAAUAAUUCUGCCAAUCAGAUCACAGCUGGUAGCUCUCACACAGAUGGCCAUCAUCAACUGGAUGGGUCACCAUCUAGUGUUUCAAGCCUAGCAAAAGCACUGUCUGCCUCAACAGCAACAAAAUAUGGUAAGUUUCUUUUUCUUGAUGCAUCGUCUUCAUUGAAAAUCUCAAACAUUUACUAGCCUGGUAAACAUUCCUCUUGACUCUUGCAAUUUUUUUAAGCUUCUGCCUCAUAGUAGGGGAUUUUAUCUAUGCCUUCCUAUGCCAUCUUAACAUCUAUGGUGAUGCCCUUAAAAAUAUAAGGCCCUUGAAGUGGAAGCUGAAUGAGCUGCUAUUAAGUCAAUGUGUUAAUUUAAUAAUUAUUUCAGUCUAUUCAUGCUGUUCUGUUUUUUCCUAUUAACCAAGCUGGUGGGUGAUGGAGACUGCCCUAGGUUUCUCCCCAGUCAUGUAGUCUGAUAAUGGUCAUGUAUUUGUACAACAGAGUGCAUUUCAUGGCUUUUCUUAAAUGGUAUUUGGCUUCAUCAACAGAUUAAAUUCAUUUAGGCAAAAUGUUGUUUUAUUUGUUCUGAGCUGGCAGUUUCCAUCUUUCUCAUUACUCUGGAAAAAAUUAUGCAUUUCUAAUAAAUAAAAUCAGUUUUCUAGGUUUGUGAUUACUAUUAUCUCUAUGUAACUGAGUAUAUAUUCGAACUUUUUUCUUGAAAGCUUGUUACGUCAGAGCAUUAUAUGAUUAUGAGGCAAUGAGUGACGAGGAGCUAUCAUUCAAAGAAGGUGAUAUCAUUGGAGUGUUACAGAAAGAUGACAACAAUGUUGAUGAUGGAUUCUGGUAUGGUGAGUUCCAGGGAAGGAGGGGUGUUUUUCCAUCCCUUGUGGUGGAAGACUUACCAGAUGGAUUCCAAACAACAGACACAAACAUGAAUGUAACAGACUCCUUGCCAACAACUUCAUCCAGUAACACUAGAGCUGGAGAUUAUGUAACAUUGCCAUUAGAGUACAAGGCUAGUACUGCACCAUCUGUGCUAAGUGCAUUACAACCUGUGAGAAAAGCCCCACCACCCCCUACUGCUUCUCCGCAAAUCCCAAGGAGCACAACUAUGGCCACUGGAGGUGGGAGAGCUUUACUACCACCUACUGAUCGCCAAAGAGCAAGAACUGAGAAUUCUACUUCUAUGAAUAAACCAGAUACUUCAGCUUUUUCAAGGAGUUUGUCACAGAAUCCAUCACUUCAGUCAAAACUGUAUGAAAAUAUAAAUCAGUUGGCACCUUCCUCAUCAAAGCCUCCUGAUUAUGUCAAUGUCACAGAUCUUCCAUCAGCAAGAAGGAAUGGUCCAUCCUCAUCAGGAAAUAGUUCUCUAAGUGCCCCUAAGCCUAUGGCCAGAUCUCGUCGACCAGCCCCACCCCCAAAGCCUCCUCCACCAACUGCUGCCAGCAGAUCUGUACACAGAUCACAAUCUUAUGUUUAAAAUUUUUCAUCUUGAGAGAGAGAAAACUGGCCUCUUCGAGGUUUCCAAAGGAGAAGGCAACUGUUGAUCUUAAGAUGGUUUUCUGCAGUUAUUAAGGACCCCGCUCCAAAAGAUUAGUAAUUUUUAUAUUCUUUUAUAAUGAAAUAGCAUCUAUUAGACCUCUGUCCAUAGACAACAUCUCAAGAGUUUAAAAUAAACCCAACCUGAAACAAAGCAUCUAAGAUAAUUUUGGAAUAACAGAUGGUUGCUGUCUGGAAAACUCUUUGUUUCGAUUGGCUGUUGGCUUUACAUCACAUAUGAAAAACUUUGCAUCUGUUCUUUGGAAGAGAGUUCAAUUUUUUAGCUGAAUUCAUCAAAGCAAGAUUUGUGAGAAUUUAUAAGUAGUAGUGUGUUGAUUUGCAUAACUCAGCCCCCAUUCCCAAAAAAAAACAUUCUCUGUAAUGGAAGGAUGUAGUUGAUGAAAUUUGAACUCAUUAAUAUUAUUAAUUCAAACAACAUGUUUAAAAAAAUUGUCAAGUCAAAUAAUAUUUAUUGCAUAGAACCUUGAUUAUUCAAAUUUAAAUUACUUCAUCAAACUGGACAGUUGAUAAUCAAAUAACCAGCUCAAAGUUAAUUUUCUUUCAAGUUAUAUUUUUUGUGGGAAAUGUUAUUGAAAUUGUAUCCAUUCCAGACAUGAUUCUCCAUGCAGCAGUGCAAAGGAGGAGCACCUGCUACAUCAAUGAGCAAUUCUUAGCACAUAAUUUUUUUGAACAAAAAUUAAGGACUGCACUGUGUGUUUCCUUCUCUAUUUGUAACUCUCAGAAAGCAUCUAUUGAAGGGGCCUGUAUAAGGUGCAAAAGGUAUAAUGAAGACAGUCUUGGUUCACAUAACAGGGUUAUGUAUAGCUCUCACUCGAUAUUUCCUGUUAAUCAUCUCUGCAUGUAGGGACUUGAAAGAUUACAAGUGAAUUUUUGCUGGUCCUGUUAAUUCAAAUUCAAAUGUUAAACUUGCGUUUAUAUCUCACUUUUGGCAUAUUUAUUUUCUCAUGCUAUUAGUUGAAUGGUACCAAUCAGAACCAGCCUUUCAGGGCAACAUUUAUUUCCAAUGCAAUGUGGAAAAGAAUUAUAUAUUUUCAUUUAAACCAAAAUGACAUGGAUUAGUGAAAUAACAGUUGCAAUAAUUUUAAUGAUAUACUUGUUUUGUUUUGUUUUUUUCCCUUUCUUUCUUUUUUCUGGGUAACAAUAUGUGUAGUAACCGUCAUGUGAAUCUCCAAAAAAAUUUUCUUUAUGAUAGGAGGCAGUUCUUGAUAUAUUUAAGCACAUUUCUACACAAAGUUCAAUAGAACCAUAGUACACUUAAAAUUACUAAUUGUAAACUUAUAUAUCAUGGAUUAUUUUCUCACUAUUAGCCAAUAGUUUUUCACUUAUCCAACAUAAUUUAUACUGGAUUUGAUUUGUGGGCAAAGGUUACAGAAUUUAUCAGAAUGCUAUGGAAUAUUGUUAGUAAACUUGGGAAAGUAUAUGAAGUGUAUCCUGUGCUAAAAGUUAGUCUUGAAAAUCAGCUGGUCUGAUUUUAUUGCCAGGGUUGCAAGAGAUUAGCUAUGAUGGUGCAUGGAUAUACUGAGAGAACUUUUGACAUCAAAAUAGUAGUAGGUAGAAUAUAUUAAAGUUCACACAGCAACCAGGUGGACAAUCAGACAUAGUAGGUAGUUGUUUUUUUUUUUUAUGUAAGAGGCAAGGUGGUAAUAGAAUGGAAGAGGAUUACUACUGAGAUAAAAUAAGUGUUUAAAUCAUAGCUGCAAACAAUGUGAUUUUUCAUGAAAUUCCAGAAUCUUAGGUAAAUCUUGACAUACCACUUGAAAAUAGUGAAGUAUCAUGAACAUUUGUCCCAUGACAAGCUCCAUUACAAUGUGGACCAUGAAAUUUUGACAGAAGACUACUAUUUUUCUUUCAGUUUUAAGGUCAACUGAUUGUACAUCAUCCAUUGGUAUACUAGUUGACCUCUAAAUGGAAAGAAGACAAGUAGAAUGAAGUUUAACAUCAUGAUCCUCUUUUUACAGUGUAAUGGCCUAAAUCUUGAGGCAAACCAUGGUACUGUAAUAUUUUUACACUUCAUACUUAUUGAUAACCUCUAAUAUUUUCUAUGAUGUUUUGGUAGUUCAUAUUUCAAUAGGAACUCCUCAGAUAUCAGUAACUGUUUCCCCUAAACUGAUUAUGGCACAUGCAAUCUUUCGCAUUAUUAUUCUUUUUAAUCUAGCAGAUUGCAAGUGACAGGCAAUGUUAUAUUUCAGUGAUAAAUUCUUAGCCUUGUUUACAAAUAAUACAAUCACCCAUUUUACUCACACACAAGUCUUUUUCUCACAACCUCUUAAAAAUCUGUCAUUUGAAGUAGUAUCUCUACAAUAUUAUUGUGUAAUGAACAAACAGGUCCUUGCUUUACUUGCUAAGCAAAUGCUCUAUAAUUAGCGGUAUGUCAAAUUCACUGUCUCUGUCC